UUUACUCUAGGUAGGUUAGUUUGAAAUAUUUAACAGUGGGAAGGGUUUGUUUAAAACACUUCCCCUAGUGAGAUGGAAACCGCUUAUUUAUCGCCCCACCGGGGGGCCACACGUCCCCAGGCCCAGAGGGGUCAAACCUCGGCAGGAGGUGACCUCUCCCCUCCACCUCCGCCUCCAGCUCCAUCUCCAUCAUCUCCAUCUCCAUCCCCAUCCCUGCAUGCCGGCGGCAGCUCCGCCGAGGAGACCCCGGCAGGCAGCGAUGGACGGAGUAACUCUGGCGUGAAGAAACACCACCACAAGCACAAUCUGAAACACCGAUACGAGCUGCUGGAGACCCUGGGAAGAGGCACCUACGGCAAAGUGAAGAAGGCCAUCGAGCGACGCUCCGGCAGAGAGGUGGCUAUCAAGUCAAUUCGGAAGGAGAAGAUCAAGGACGAGCAGGACAUGGUUCACAUCCGUCGAGAGAUUGAGAUCAUGUCAUCCCUCCGCCACCCACACAUCAUCUCUAUAUAUGAAGUGUUUGAGAACAAAGACAAGAUCGUGAUUGUGAUGGAGUAUGCCAGCAAGGGCGAGCUGUACGACUACAUCAGCGAGCGGCGGCGCCUGAGCGAGCGGGAGACGCGACACUUCUUCAGACAGAUAGUCUCCGCCGUGCACCACUGCCACAAGAAUGGAGUGGUGCACAGGGAUCUGAAACUGGAAAACGUGCUACUGGAUGAAAACUGUAAUAUUAAGAUUGCUGAUUUUGGGCUGUCCAACCUCUACCACAAGGACAAGCUGCUGCAAACCUUCUGCGGCAGCCCGCUCUACGCUUCACCAGAGAUCGUCAAUGGGAGACCUUACCGCGGCCCAGAGGUGGACAGCUGGGCUCUUGGGGUGCUGCUGUAUACCCUGGUCUACGGGACAAUGCCAUUUGAUGGUGGAGACCACAAGAACCUCAUACGCCAGAUUAGCAACGGAGAAUACAAAGAGCCCACUCAGUCCUCAGAUGCCCGAGGAUUGAUCCGCUGGAUGCUGAUGGUGAACCCUGAGCGCCGGGCCACGGUGGAGGACAUAGCCAACCACUGGUGGGUAAACUGGGGCUGGAAGAACAGUGUGUGUGACUGCGAGACCCAACGCGAUCACGGAGGCUCGCCCAUGCUGGCCCGCUUCCUCGACUGGCAGAACCGCACUGAGCCACGUGGUUCUGGAGCCAAGGCUGCAGCCAUGCCACAGCUGCUGCGCCAGAGGCCCAAAAAGUCCAAGAAGGAAAACGUUGAAGCAGGACAGGCCCACUGUGGAGAAGAGGACAAGCCGGGUCUGAAGAGACCCAAGGGGAUCUUGAAGACCAGGGUUACUGAUGAGCAGCGGUCUGCCAGUCUGGACGAAGUGGAGUUGGGCCAGGCGGCGCUGCCUCAACAAGCCGAAGGCGGGGAGGAAGCCUCAAGUCCAGAUCAAGAGGACGAGGAGCUGAGUCUGGGUGGGGGCUCGCCAGCAAAGAUGGUGCCCUCUCUGCCCAGGAAAGGCAUCUUGAAGAACAACCAACAGCGGGAAUCAGGGUACUACUCCUCACCAGAGCGCAGCGAGUCCUCCGAGCUUUUAGGGGGCGCCAGUAUGUCUCUGCUAGCCACCUCCCCGCCCAAGAGAAUGAUGGGGAGGAAGGGCAUCUUGAAGCGAAACGGCAAGUACUCCACCUACAGCGGGCCUCCGUCAGCGGCAGCGGUGGCCAGUGUCCUCGGCGAGGCUCCCUCCUCGACUGACUCCGGUCUGUCCCGAAGUCAGAGCCGGCCCUCCAGCAUCGUCGGGGAGGACAGCUCCGCCCUGUCCCUGUCGCCCAGCUCCCUCAGCGGGGCCGAGUGGCAUUCCUCCACCCCCCACCUCCGCCCGAACAUCAGGGCCUGCGUCUCGGCUGAGAACCUGCUGCAGCUCGCCAACUUCAAGGGCUUCCAGGCAGCCCCGCCGCUCCAGGGACCCAAGUUCAGCCGCGGCCCCAAAACGAAAGGCUCCCCGGGGGACAAUGGCAGCUUCUCCUUGCUGGGGGACCUGGAGGACAUGACUCAGGUGUACCAGCAAGCCCUGGACAUCAGCGGCAACCUCACCUAACAGAUGGGUGGCAGAGAGAGAGAGGAAGCAGAGGGAAAUCGAUCAUGACUGUGUGUGUGUGAGUGUGUGUGUGCGUACAGAUGUUUAUAGGUGGCGUUAACGACCAGUGUGUUACUGGGAUACACCUUUUGGGAAGUAGUGGUUUUCCAAAUGGGGCUGAAAUCUGGAUGGAAAUGAUAUGUUUUUCGCACAUACAUACACACACAGAUGUACACACUUGUGCACUAUUCUGUCCGGAGGAAAUUCUGUUAGGGUUAGAGAGGAGCUGGCACGAGAAAAUGCCACCCAGUCUGCUUUCUUGGCCCGCCCAUAGACUUUGCUGUGUUCAACAUGUUUACAUAUUCAGCAAGAAGGCAAGUUAGAAUCACAAACGCAGCAACCAGAAACUGGUUGGCUCUCCUUGUGCACCACCCAUUUUUUGAGUUUGAGUUUACAAAAGCACCUUAAAACUCACACAGAGCACAUGCUUUUGUGAUCUUUACUUCCUUUAUUAAAAAAAAAAAAAAAACA